UCCCGGGGACCGCGGGGCAGUGCGGGCGCUGGAGCCGGGCGGGGAGGUCGGCGUGACUGUUCGGGUGGCUGGCCCGGAGGGUCGCCGCGGGAGAGCCGUGGACGGAGAUAACCCAGCCGUGGUCUCCGGAGCCUGCGAUUGCAAGGCCACCUUUGCGCCUCUACUGUGAGCCCCAACACCCACACCUUGGCUGGAGCUCACCAUGGGGAACCACUUGACAGAGAUGGCGCCCACCCCCUCCUUCUUGCCCCAUUUCCAGGCCCUGCACGUGGUGGUCAUCGGGCUGGACUCAGCUGGAAAGACCUCCCUCCUUUACCGACUCAAGUUCAAGGAGUUUGUCCAGAGCGUCCCCACCAAAGGCUUCAACAUGGAGAAGAUCCGGGUGGCCCUGGGAGGGUCUCGCAGCAUCACCUUCCAAGUGUGGGAUGUGGGUGGGCAGGAGAAGCUGCGGCCACUGUGGCGCUCCUACACCCGCCGGACUGAUGGGCUGGUGUUUGUGGUAGACGCUGCGGAGGCUGAGCGGCUGGAGGAGGCGAAGGUGGAGCUGCACCGCAUCAGCCGGGCCUCUGACAACCAGGGUGUGCCCGUGUUGGUGCUGGCCAACAAGCAGGACCAGCCCGGGGCUCUGAGCUCUGCUGAGGUGGAGAAGAGGCUGGCAGUCCGAGAGCUGGCUGCUGCCACGCUCACCCACGUGCAGGCCUGCAGCGCUGUGGACGGGGUGGGGCUGCAGCCCGGCCUUGAGCGCCUGUAUGAGAUGAUCCUCAAGAGGAAAAAAGCUGCCCGGGGAAGCAAGAAGAGACGGUGAUCCCAGGCCGCCCCCUCCUCACCAGCAGGGGUCUUUAUACUUGGACAGCCAGGCAGAGCCUGUGGCCCCUCCCUCAGCCCCAGGGUGCAGGACCUGCCCACCUAAAUGAAGGACUGAGG